CAAACAAAGAAACAAAACAUAUAUUUUUUGUGCUUCCAUUUUUAAACAUAGAAUGCAAAAAGAUUUACAUUUUGAGGCAGAGGAUUCUGAUAUUCCAAACAGUACAGUUGUGGAAUUACCUUCGGAUUUUCCUCCAGAAUCUUUUUGGUUAUCUAAAGAUGCGGAAUUCGAUUGGUUUGACCGAAAUGCAUUUUUAGAAAGAAAAGAAUCUACUAAAGGAAACUCGAAUUCAAGUUCAAUGAAUUUGAAUCCGAGUAUAAACCCUGGUAGUAGUCAUUCGACUCCAAGUUCACAGCGUUAUUAUGCUGUGAACUCGAAGUCGAAAGCUGCUAUUAUAGGUUUACCAAAAACCCAAAAAACAACUUAUGUUGAUUGUAAACGUAGGUUGUGUAAUAAACAGGUUAAUUUAAGGUUGUUUCCGACACGAUCAAAUUCUGUCGGAAACUCUCGCAGGACGACGGUUCUUGUAACAGAACCGUCGUCACCUAAGGUUUCCUGUAUUGGUAGAGUCAGGUCUAAACGUUGUAAGAAGAAUUUAGCUGAAAAAACGAUAGAACCGGCUAAAAAUGCAAGCAAACGGUCCGGGUUAAUGGCUCGUUUUAAGUCGUUGUUCCGGUCUAAAGGUCAACAAUGUCGGAAAAGCAGUAAACCGGGAGAGAAAGUGAAGGAACCGGUUGAGAGUUUAAUGCCCGGUUCAAGGAGAAUAUGUGUGAGUGUUAAACCGGUUAUGAGUGAACCGGGGACGCCUACUGCACCGGCUGGUUUAGGGGGAAUGAUAAGGUUUGCUUCAGGAAGAAGGUCUUGGGGUAGUUCUGAUUGUGAGGAUGAUUACGUGUCAGGACGUCACUCGUGGGAUUUAGGACGAGGGGGAGCUUAGGUUAUAUGGUAGGGCCCAGGUUGGCAACCUGACGUGGCAUGUUGAAAAUUAGGUGUUUUAAAAACUUGUUUUUACUUUGUGUGUUUUGUCUCAUUAGCAGUAAAUUGUGAUCAUAAUCAUAUUUGGAUUUAGAAAGUUGUUGUCUGAAAAGGGACUCUGUAAGUAACGAGAGACUUAAGUUUUUUGACAUGUUUGUCAA